GACAUUAUACUCAUUUGCCUUUAAUAUUAAACUCAUUUCGAUACAGACAUCCACAAAGAGCUUUCAACUCCUUUCCCUUUUUCUUUCUAGAAGCCAGCCCAGAAACAUGAGGUGGGAAGAAUUGAAUCUCAGGUCAAAAGCGAAAUUCACGUUUGGCUGCGCAAUCGAUCGGAGUAUGUGGCGGCUUGGGCUGCUUCGCGAGUUGGAGACCUGGGAAGUCGACGUUCCGUCUUCAUCGAUGCCCUUCUUCUUCUUCUUCUUCGCAGAUGAGUUGCAGCGCGCAGAUUAAUUACAAAAAAACCCGGUUGUACCGUGUGCACGGUACAGCCAGCUGGACCAUGGGAUUUAUAGGGAAUAUGUGAAUGGGAAGAGGAUUCCACGUAGUACAGUAAACCAACAUAAUUAUCCGUAUAUACAUAAACAUGACUGUGCCGGACCGCAAAUUAUAUGGUACAAAAUGUAUGUCAUAGGGCAAGGAGCCGUGCAAUCAAUAUUUCUGUAAUUAAACGGCGCGGGAUUGGGAGUUGAUCAAGUUCGUCUUCAAUACCAUCGUCUUCCUUGAUCGUGGAUGAGCAAAACGAAGAGAGAAAGAUCUCAAGAGUUGAUCAGGUUCGUCCCAGUCAGAGCCCUUGUCGAAAUUCUGCGAAUAGCUGUAUUCAUCGUAUCUGGGAACAUGCACACAUCUCGACAACUCGAAUCUGCUCUUCCUCCUCUGCUUCGCUUUCCAAACAGACCAUUUAUUGGCAGGUUCCGCAGCCUGAUGCUCGUCGGAACCAUGCUCAAACUCCGGAUCAUAAUGGCGGCCCAACUGGAUACUUCUUCCUCCCGUGCUAAAGCUUCUGGACCAUCUUUUUGUCUGCAUAUCUGCUAACUUUUCAACAUUGACAGUUAAUAUAGAUGGUAUGAUCUUAUUCAGAUAGUUAUAUGUACGCCAGACGCGCAGCUCUGUUGUGUGAAAAUUGGAUUGGGGUUCAAAGACAGAUCUUUUGGGUGGCAUUUAAG